CUGCCUCCUUGUCAUGACUCUAAGGAAUCUAUGCAGGUGUACAAACAGCACUGCAAAAUAGCAGAAGAGUACCAUGAGGUCAAGAAAGAAAUUGCUCUGCUGGAAGAAAGAAAAAAGGAGCUGAUUGCCAGGCUGGAACAAGUGGAAAAAGAAAGCAUGGAUGCUGCUCAGCUGGCUAAGGAGUACGCAGAACUGACAGAGGAGAACCGAACGCUGAAGCUGGCCCAGACGCAGUGUGUAGAGCAACUGGAAAAGCUCAGAAUACAGUACCAAAAAAGACAGGGAUCCUCAUAACUCUCAACUAGCUUAUGUGAGGCGGUUAAUACGGGAUUGGUCCUGUGCUGGAAAGAGAUUUUAAAAUAAAGGUCUGUUUAAUAUGUUAUAAUACUUUACUACAGAUACAGAGUAUGUAGAAGUCUAUAUUUGAUUUAAUGCUUGCCAGCCAGUAGCUUAAUAUAAUGGAUAUUUCAUCCAUUAUAUAAUGGAUAUUUUAUUUCAAGUAACAUAAUUGAAGUUAACCUAUCCCCAUUAUAUGUUCUAGUAGAUCAGGUUUCUUUUCUAAACAUAUUUCUUCCAAUUUAAGAAGAUAUGGACACACUAGAAAAUUAUAUAAAUAGUCUCUGUGUUGGGAAUUUGGACCAUACUAAGGCAUACAGCAGGGACAAUGUUAAUAUAUGGAAUACAUGUAUGUUAAUUUUAGUUUGGUGAAGAUUUUUUAAAUUAUUUUCCUCAUGCCUAAAAUAUUUGGAAGUUAUCUUAAAAUGGAUCUCCUCACGGGUAAAAACUAUACUUUAUUAUCCCAUGACAACUUUACAUUGUUGUAUAAAAUCUGAGAAAUUGCACAUUAAAAACUGAAGUAACAUAAUUAUUUUUUAUCAAACUAAUGUACUGCCAGUAAUAAUUUGCAAAUUAUGAAAUUAAAAGGAAACAGAUGAGAUCAAACUUUCCUUCCUCAAGCGUAAAGAUAGCUUGAGAGUCAUUUUAUUGUACUUUUUGGCAUGCAAGAAAUGAAAAAUUAAUAUAGGAGUACUAAUUAAUAUAGGAGUACUACUAUCAUUGUUUCAGCUGAGAAUAUGUCAGUAAAAGUACUGUGAGAAUAUCUUGUUCUUAUUUUCCAGCCUGUUUUGAAACAAAGUGGCUGUAAGUAGGGACAGGAGUUCCAUGAUAUACACAUAACCUGGAAGUAAAAUGUUAGUUUUACUUGCUCUAUUUAUCCCUGUAUUUUCCUAGAUCAAUGGAAAAUUCUUUGUUAUACUUCCAUUUCUAUUCAUACAGUAUUUUUUUCAUUAAAAGCAGAUAUAGAAAA